AUGAAAACCAGUUCUUGUAAUCAGUCAACAUUAACAUCUAUAAUGCCUCCGUUAAAUGAAGAAGUUAUUCAUGAUCAGGAAGACGGUAGCAGUACUACGUGUAAUCUUUUACAGCAAAUCAACACUUACGGAAAUUAUAACAAAAUAAUCAAUAGUAGCAAUACAAACAUUAAUCCAGUCACAAUAAAUGUAGAUAAUCAACAGUUUUUAUCGUCAAAAUUAGGUCAACAUCGUUUGGUACAUUUCUCAUUGAAAAUCAAUAAAUAUUUGUUUUGUAUUGUUUUAUUGUUAAUGAUCAUUCUUGCGUUAUUAUUAUUCAGCAUUUUUAUUCUUAAGUUCAAGAGAAAUCACUCAACAGAUCUUCACGAGCAAUAUGAACGACUAUUAGAAACACACAAAAGCAAAGAGAAAAUCAUCUCUGAAAUACAAACACAAUUAAAUAAGACAGUUAACUUACUGAACAACGAGAACAAAAAUUCAUUGGUCUUAUUCGGUCAAAUAUUUGGUCAUUCAAACGAGAAACCUUUUGACGACUCGUUAACUUUGAAUUUUACAUCUUUACCUUAUUUGAAUGGCUUCUGUGCACGAGAUAACGAUGAUGGCUUAGAAUCGUAUCAGUUCUUCUACUUAUCUCCGCUAAAUAAAAAACAAAUAAUCGAAUCGAAUGUUCAUGGAAAUCAAACAAAAACUUUCCAAAAAAAAUUUCAUUUUUCAGAAAAAAACGAAAGAAUCAUCCAAGUUCAAGGAAGAUUGGUAAAGAAAAGCCUGUCUUCAUCGAAUGGAACAAAUCAAACGAUUAGUAUUAUUACUGGAUUGGAGUUCAUUUCCAACAAAGGUCGCAUCAGUCCAUUAUACAGUGGUGAAUUAGGUGAGGAAUUCAAUGAACAAUAUGAUGGAUAUACAUUAGGAUAUGUGACAGGCAGAUCAGCGCAAUAUAUUGAACAACUGCAAUUCAUCUGGUAUCGAGAAAAAGAAACAAAUUCGGAUGAAGAUUACUUGUAG